CACGCAUACGAAAAUCCGCCGCCAGGGAACACAAUGGACAUUCCGCUCCCGGGCGGGGGCGGCGAGGUCUCGGAGGACUACUCCCCGGCGGCCACCGUCGUCCCCUUCAACCCGCCGCUCCCUCUGCUUCGCGCGCCAGUCCCUUCCUCUUCCUCCGCCUCCACCGACCCCAUGCCCGUCCUCGCCUUCCGCGACGCCGCGAGCUGGCGAGCCGCCUGGGAGGCUGCCGAGGCCAGCCUCUUCUCCCAGUGCGAGAUUUGUUCAUCAUUUUGCAGGCUGGUGCACGCUCUGGCUGUUCAAUCACCGCGACACGGAAAUGCAAGCCCCCCUGGUGGAAAGGUUUGUUUGGAGGUGCAACAACCGACUAUCAAGAAAGAGAACGAUGCGAAGAACGAGAGAUGGCUUCUUGUCUUGAAUCAGCAAAGGAGGCAUGCAUUAAGUUUUCAAAGCAAAAAUGUGAUGCACCAUUCCGAGAUGCAAGGAUUGCCUCUGAAGGUCUCCUUGAAAAUACCAAUUUUGAUGUCUGGAAUGCUGGGUGUAACAAAACAGCAUCAGGACCCUUGUCUGUUGCAAAUAGCCACUACUCAUCCAAUCCUGCGCUUGGUGGCACAAACUACAAAGGAAGUGACUUGUUAGACAGCUUAGCAUCUCAAGACAAUAGCAAGUCAGAGUGAUUGAUGAGUGACCACAGGCGUCAGAGUGGUCCAUGCUCAGGAGGUGGCAUAUGUUCUUUGGAGCUGGAUUCAUCAUCAAUGAAAUAAUGGUAUGACAUUGUUGAUGCUUGUCUUGUCCUAUUAUUUGGUUUUCUGUUGCUACAUUUGACUCUGUGGCAAGAAUGAGACUCUGAGUGCGAGGCUUGAGAUUAAAUGGCUAGCAUUCCGAAGUCUGGCGAGAUGAAGAAGAUUAAGAAUAUUUGGAUGUUGUUUCCUGCUACCGUCUUUGCCGUUUCUGUUGAUUUUGAUGCUGGGCAAAGGCGGCAAAGGAUGCAAAGGUGUACAUCAGAUGCGUAAGGGGUGUACUGGUGAUAUCAGUAGCAGUACUGGUGAUAUGUAAUACUAUAUGUUGAUCAUUUGUUGCUGUAAAUAAACCAUGCUGAGCUGAUGAAAACCACACUAUCAAGUGCCCAUAUGGUUGUUUUA